GCCAAGGGCAUUAGGAGCAGAGCAGGAUCGGUGGUUCGGGGUCCAGUGGUGUGAGAGCCAUCACUUUUCACGGGAUGCUUACUUCACGGUGAACUCACGGAAAGUUCCUCAUGUUGGUGGGACCUGGGCAGCUUCAUGACUGACGGAGUCUGAGCAGCUGCCUCGACCCAGGGGACUCAUUUUCCAGCAAGGAAACCAGGGUCUGAGCUGUCAGGACCCACGGGUUUCCGACCCUGAGUUUCACAUGGCUCGGGGCUUGCUCUCUGGAGACGACGUUCAGCCUGAUCCUUGGUGCUUCAGCAGGUCUCCCCCACGUGUUAGGGUUCCCGGACCCACGUCACGUGCUUUCAUCCCCAUGUUCCCGACUCAGCAAUCACAAGGCCAUGAGCCCCGUGAUGUCUGAGUCCCAGGAAAAUGUUGGCCCUUCUGGGAGAGGUCCCAGGCUGAGCUGAGUCAAUUUACGUGUUUUAUUUAAAAAUCAGAUUGCUUUUCUUUCUCCUCUAUUUACAGAGGAAAAGGGUAUUUCUUACCAACAAUAAUAGAAGAGGAGGAGGAAACAGUCGUGGAUUCCUCCGAGUCCCAGGAUGCUGCUCCCAGGAAAUUGCGGCGCGCCGACUGCGGGGACCUGCCUGCCCACAUGGACCACACUUCAUCGACUUAGGCUCCGGUCCGGUCCGACCGUUACUGCCGAAAACGGAAAGCCUUGGGCGGGCUGCCGAUUGGACACCGUGCCGGAAGUGGGAACCGGAAACGGUGUUCGGGGCUGCCAGGGUUGGCUCCAGCAGCGGCGGUUGCAGCCGAGUCCCUCGCGGGCGGCGCGCGCUGUGCUGGAUCAGUUGGUGCUGCCGGGUGAGGAGCUGCGGCUGCCCGAGCAGGAGGAUGCCGAAGGCCUGGGAGGCACAGGGGAGCGACCGCUGUGCCUAAAUGCCGGCGAGCGCUCCCGGGUGCGCGUCCUGUCCGGCGGCGGCGGCGGAGUUCACUGGGUGGACUCGCAGCAGAAGCGGUAUGUCCCAGUGAAAGGAGACCAUGUGAUUGGCAUAGUGACGGCUAAAUCGGGAGAUAUAUUUAAAGUCGAGUUGUCUUACUUGGCAUUUGAAGGUGCAACUAAAAGAAACAGACCAAAUGUGCAGGUUGGAGAUGUCAUUUAUGGACAGUUUGUGGUUGCUAAUAAAGAUACGGAACCAGAGAUGGUUUGUAUUGACCGCUGUGGACGAGCCAACGGAAUGGGUGUGAUUGGACAGGAUGGUCUACUUUUUAAAGUGACUUUGGGCUUAAUUGGAAAGCUGCUAGCUCCAGACUGUGAAAUCCUACAGGAAGUGGGAAAACUCUACCCGCUGGAAAUAGUGUUUGGAAUGAAUGGAAGAAUAUGGGUGAAGGCAAAAACCAUUCAGCAGACGUUAAUUUUGGCAAACGUUUUAGAAGCUUGUGAACAUAUGACAGCAGAUCAAAGAAAACACAUCUUCUCCAGGUUGGCAGAAAGUUGAUCUAUGUGGAUUUUUUUAUAGUUGAGCCAAGAGACUGGAUUCCCUGGGGAAACAUUUUUCAGGUGAACCUCUCCCCAUUAAUCUUCAGAAGAUAAGAUAUUAUCUUAUGUGAGUCUUAAAAUAUUUUUAUAAACAAGUCACUGGUUGCCACUCAUGUUCUUGUGGGUGAAAAAAAUCAUAAAAUAGUACUAUUUUUUCUUUUAUAAUAAAGUUUACUAAAAGUUA